GUCAUGGUUGGGUCAUCGCUGGUCAUCGUUGGGUCAUGGUUGGGUAAUGGUUGGGUCAUCAUUGGGUCAUUGGUCAUUGUUGGGUCAUCACUGGGUCAUCAGUGGGUCAUUGGGUCAUGGCUGGGUCAUGGCUGGGUCAUGGUUGGGUCAUCAUUGGGUCAUUGGUCAUUGUUGGGUCAUCGCUGGGUCAUGGUUGGGUCAUUGGGUCAUGGUUGGGUCAUGGUUGGGUCAUUGGGUCAUGGUUGGGUCAUUGAGGGGUCAUCAUUGGGUCAUUGGUCAUCGUUCGGUCAUUGUUGGUCAUGGUUGAGUCAUGGUUGGGUCAUCGUUGGUCAUCGUUGGGUCAUGGUUAGGUCAUGGUUGGGUCAUUGGGUCAUGGUUGGGUCAUCAUUGGGUCAUCAUUGGGUCAUUGGUCAUCGUUGGGUCAUGGUUGGGUCAUGAUUGGGUCAUGGUUAGGUCAUGGUUGGGUCGUUGAGUCGUGGUUGGGUCAUCAUUGGGUCAUUGGUCAUCGUUGGGUCAUUGGUCAUUGUUGGGUCAUGGCUGGGUCAUUGUUGGGUCAUGAUUGGGUCAUUGGUCAUGAUUGGGUCAUUGGUCAUCGUUGGGUCAUGGCUGGGUCAUGGUUGGGUCAUGGUUGGGUCAUCAUUGGGUCAUUGGUCAUUGUUGGGUCAUCACUGGGUCAUCAGUGGGUCAUUGGGUCAUGGCUGGGUCAUGGCUGGGUCAUGGUUGGGUCAUCAUUGGGUCAUUGGUCAUUGCUGGGUCAUGGUUGUGUCAUUGGGUCAUGGUUGGGUCAUGGUUGGGUUAUUGGGUCAUGGAUGGGUCAUCGUUGGGUCACGGUUGGUCAUCGUUGGGUCAUGGUUGGGUCAUGGUUGGGCCAUUGGUCAUCAUUGGUCAUCGUUGGGUCAUGGUUGGUCAUGGUUGGGUUAUCUUUGGUCAUGGUUGGGCCAUUGGUCAUGGUUCGGUCAUCAUUGGGUCAUGGCUGGUCAUCAUUGGGUCGUGGUGGGGCUUGGGGUCACCAUUGGGUCAUGGUUGGGUCAUUGGUCAUCAUUGGUCAUUGUUGGGUCAUGGUUGGGUCAUGGUUGGGUCAUCUUUGGUCAUGGUUGGGUCAUUGUUGGUCAUUGAUGGGUCAUCGUUGGGUCGUGGUUGGGUCAUUGGGCCAUGGUCAUUGGUCAUCGUUGGGUCACUGUUGGUCAUUGAUGGGUCAUUGGGUCAUGGUCAUUGGUCAUGGCGGGUCAUUGGUCAUCGUUGGUCAUUGUUGGGACAUUGAUGGGUCAUUGGGUCAUGGUCGUUGGUCAUCGUUGGUCAUUGAUGGUCAUUGUUGGGUCACUGGGUCAUGGCUGGUCAUUGGUCAUCGUUGGUCAUUGUUGGGACAUUGCCAUGGGCACUGGUGAUCUCUGGUCACUGGUCAGUCACUGGUCAGUCACUGGUCA